AUGUAUAAAAGUAUUGAUAACAAUCUUUUCAUGCGUCAGGCUAGAGAAAUUAUUUUACAAGUUGCUCCACCAAACUUUUCCAUUUCAUUGUCGUCUUGCUACAAUUACACAGACACCUACAAGGACAACUCUUUUGCUGCAAAAAGACACCAUGCAGGAAAGAACAUUAACGCUAGAAUAUCGCUAAAACGCCCACCACGUGAUGCAGUUUCUCACUUAGUAGUGAAUCUUCAUUGGUCCACUGAAGCGGUAAAUUUGAUGUUGGAGGAAGCUGAAAAAACGCCAAAUGACCACGUUAUUGAUUCCAAAGAUGCGAAAGCCAUAGUGUGCGGAGAUAUCCAGCCGGUUCAAUAUCCUGGAAAAUCAUGGAAACCCAUUUCCUAUGAAGAUCACACCUUUGACCAAAGCAGGGUAAACGCGGUUGUCCCAAUGACUCAUUUAUUCUUGGAUUUAGAAAGUGUUGGUGAGGUUUCGCAUGAAGACAAUAGAAUGAAGAAAAUAUCGGUCACAAGAACAGGAAAACACGUCACGAGUGUCGUAGCAGACUUAACAGCGAGUGAUAGUUUGUUUCAAAUAGGACCUACAAUACUUUUAGUGCAUAAUUCAUCAACCGAUGUCAAUAACUUGUUUAAUAGGUUCUAUAAAAUGCUAAUGAAAAUUGUAAACAAGCACGCACCAUUAAAGCCAUUGUCUAAACGUAAAGAAAAACAAUUUUCUAAACCCUGGAUAACAAAUGGAAUCAGAAGAGCAAUUAAAAUAAAAAACAAAUAUUAUUUAAAUGGUGAGCGCGAUAAAUAUAAGUAUUAUCGUAGCCUGCGAACAGGCUCUCAAGCUAAAAGCAAGUCUUUAUACUCUAACAAUACUGAGGGUCUUCCAGGGGUUUGGGGGGAACAAGGGGACAUUGUAAAUUUUACAAUGGGAACACGGGAACAAAGGAAAACAAAUUUAGGGAACAAGGGAACACAAAAUAUUUUGGGGAAAAGGGGAACAAAGCCCCCUUUCCUAGAAUAUAUACAAGAAUAUGCAUGACAUAAAUGAAAGGGCGUCCAUCAACAUGUCAUUAUUUUUCACUACUAUAAGUGAAAGUCACAACUAUAAUACAAGAUCUGCUGUUCGCGGUAACCUUUAUCAAACUAAUUCAAGGUUGCAUAUUACACAAAAAUCUUUUGCUAAUACCGGUGUUAAAGUCUGGAAUGCUUUAUCUAUCUCACUCCGUUCGUCAAAUAAACAUAGUUUUACAUCACGUUGCAAGAUCAUACUUAUCAAUACCAUGAUGGCUUGUGAUGAUUACGUUGAUUUCGCCAAAAUUUUGCAAACAGUUCCGGGGAUUAAAUGUAAUUAGACAAUUUUGUUUUUAUUUUCAAUAUUUCCUUCCGAUUUUAAUUACGAUAAUUUAUACUAUUAAGAUAAAUUGAUACACUAUUUAUCAAUCAAUUGAAAGCCACCUACCUCGAAUAUCUAGCUAAAUGUAGGUGGUUUUUUGUAAAUUAUUUUGGGAAAAUUUAUAUAAUAAAGUAGAUGUUAGAUGUUAGAUGUAUGACUGAACGAGUCGUACGGUACCAUAAUGACUAUUAUUUGUGUGUAGUUGAACAUUAAUUUCAAUAAUUUGUUUGUACUUUGUUAUUUUACUUUGUUGUUAAAAUGUCUUGUUUCUUUGUAGGUGUUACUGCUGAAAAAUCAAUCCAAGAAAAGAACAGUUGCCAUGGUGAUGAUAGAUCAACGAUGGGAAACAUCCUUGAACCUUCGACAGACAAACUAGAACCCAAACUAGAACUCACAAGAUGA